UCCAUCGCGUGCGCGCGCCUCCAAGGAGAAGCGCAAACAGAUUCAGCCAAAAAAAAAACACCAGACACAACAGGAGCAACAACAUAAAUGAGAGAAAAAAGAAGAAACCCCGGAACCGAGAUGGCGGAAGCGCCCAUUGUGUGAAAACAAGGAGAGAGAUAAACAGAAAUCCACUCGGAGCAACUUAACCAAAGAAUUUUUAAAUAUAAAGCUGAGAAACCCCAGCUUUCGGGAUAAAUAAAUGAGGAGAGAGGAUCUUCGCUGAUGCUGUAUUCCCCGUGCGACCAUUCUGAUUGGCAACGAGGGAAUAAUUUUACGGGUUUUUUUUUCUUCACAACAUCGGUGGGGAGAAGUGGAAAAGUCGGGAUGAAGAGUUGCAAGAAAAAGCUGCGCGUGUGAGAGGAUAAAGAGGAAAUAAUACAUUUUUUUUUAAAAAAAAGAAGAAAAAGGAAGAAAGCGCGGCUCCCGGUGGCCGAAGAAUGGCUUCGAAGGAGCGGCUGUACGAGCUCUGGAUGUUGUACUUCGCCAAGAAGGAUCCUCACUAUCUGCAACAAUGGCUUGAAGCCUUUGUCACUUCUUUUGAACGAGUUAUUGAUGUCAGCACUUAUGAGCCACUGCAGCGGAGACCUGAAGAGAUGGUCGCAGAGAUUCCACUAUUGCCAGGCAAUGUGCUUCAAGUUCUGAGCCAACAACUGAGUGAAUGUGUACAGAGAUUAUCCACUGAGGAGGCUGAGAUAGGCCUUGGGCAAGCGCAGCUCCUGAUAAAAUUUCUCAUUAUUAUCUGCAGAAAUUUAGAAAAUAUUGAAGCAAAAGUCACUCCAACCUUUCACCCGGUUAUAAACCUGUUGACUGUGUGUACUGCUGAGUUAAAGAAGGGAGCACCGGAGAAGGUUUUAUUGGAGAACUUGAAGGUCGAGCAAUUAACCAUGUAUGCACUGCACCUGUGUGAAUGCCUCUUUGAUCCAUAUCAAAUCUGGAGGCGGCACUUGGGAGGAGAAAUUAUCAGUUCCGUGGAAAGGAGUAAAUACAAAUUUGCACCAGCUGUUUUACCUCAGGAAUUUAACACUUUCUUCCAUGAAAGCUUCAAAGACAGUCAGAACUUGCCAAAGACAAUCCACCUACGAAUCUUAUAUCUCUAUGGAGCCAUUAUCAGUGGAAGUAAGCAAAAUGCACUACUCGCCAUCACCCCGGCCUCUGUCGAGGUGCUUAUGCUGAUUCUCAGGACCUCGUGUGACACAGGAACUCGGGAGCCAAAGGACACCCGACUGUUGCAAGUUGGCUUGAAGUGUCUGAUUGGAAUGAUCCACGUUCUCCACUCUAGCAGCAUUGACCAGAGGAGAGUGACAAUCGAGACAAUAUUGGACAGCUACUUUAAGUUGUUGAAUGCUGAUAGGCCGUUGGCAGUGCAGGAAGAGGGGUCUAAAACCCGACUAGAGGAUGGCUUCAUCACCCUGCGGAUCAACAUGCUCAGUGCUAUCUCUGAAAUGUUGAACUGUAAGGAUCGGCCUGUGCUUCAGGCAGUGUUCCUUAAUAACAACUGCUUUGAGCACAUUAUCCGACUCAUCCAGAACAGCAAGCUGUAUGUAAGCAGUAGGUCUAAGGAUGACAGCAAGGGUGGGAGUGAUCUUGCCACUCAGUUACUGACUGAAAUCAAUCUCAGCAAGGUAUUUGAGAAGGAGUCAGACUCCAUCACAGUGCAUGCUAUCAGAGUGCUAACAGCGAUAAUGAAGAACUCACCCUCUGCCAAGGAAGUUUUCAAGGAACGGAUUGGUUACUCUCAUCUGUAUGAGGUGCUGAAAAGCCAGGGGGAGCCAACAAAGCAACUCUUGCAGGAACUCAUGAACAUGGCUACUGAGGAUGAGAAUAUGACCUCCCUCACCAUGAUCAAUAAUGAGCAACCACUGUUGAUCCUGGUGCAAUGGAUUCCUGACCUGGAAUCUCGCAAUCUACAGAUCUUUGUCUCUGAUUGGUUAAAGAAAGUAUGUGGUGCUACCCUGCGGACUCGCAUGACCUGCGUGAAGGCUGGGGUAUUGAGUGCUACUCUGGCAUCGUUGCACUGCCACCCACAGCUCGACAGAAAGUGUGGCGAGAACCUUAUUGACUUGCUACAGGUGGUGGGUAGCCUUUCCAUUCAACCCGGAGAACUCCGGCAACUCAUAAAACUACUUCGGACCACUGAUGGAAAAGUACAUCCAUACUCUGCCCGUGUCAUUCGGGCCUUAUCAGCCAUGGCGAGGAAAGAUGGGACUGAAAGUGUGCUGCAGUAUUUUGACCUGACUCCCAGUAUGGCAGGAAUAAUGGUUCCCGUUAUUCAGAAAUGGCUGGGUAAUGGUUUUGCUUUCCACACGUGGCUGUGCCUGAAUGAAGAGUGGGAGGAUGGCUGCAUAUUCAGCAAGAGACCAAAACGAAAACAACUGUACAGUUUCUUCACAUCAAGUGGAACUGGGUUUGAGGCCUUCUUCACAUCAGACGGGAUGUUAGUUGUUGCAGUUUGCACCAAGAAAGAAUAUAUGACCGUGGCUCUCCCAGAAUUCACCUUGAGUGACUCCCACUGGCACUGCAUUGACAUUGUUCACAUCGCAGGACGCCGACCCUUUGGGCAAAAUUUGGUCAAUAUUUACACAGACGGUUAUCUAAGGAAGACGGCACAGCUACGGUUCCCUUCACUGAAUGAGUCCUUCACGUACUGCUGUAUUGGAUCAGCUGGCCACAGAACAACGACAACAGUUAUUACUUCUCCCAUCCAGACUCCUGAUCUGUCCUUCACUUCACAUUCCCCUCUCAACCGUUCUCAGUCCUUCCCAGCCAGCUUUUCAUCUCCCAUGAGAGGCCCCACCUCUCCACAAGCCAUUGUGAAUACAAUCGCAGCCAGCAUGCAGGAUGCAGAAUGGGGCACACCAACCUCCUUGGAAGGGCUGAUGGGAUCUGUCUUCGUGUUCCAUGAAGCUCUGCAGCCGGCACAAAUCAAAGCACUUUUUAACGCAGGUCCAAACAAUUUGUUGCCAUUUAAGCCUGACAGUGAGCUGUCUGAUUUGAGUAACAAGCUACUCCUUCAUUACACUCCCAAGGCCUGCAAAAAUCAAAUUUGUCUAGAUCUGUCCUCAAACCGAUUCUAUGAUGGGAGGUUGACUGGGCACAAUACAGUCAACUGGGAUAUCAAGGAUGUGAUCAAUUGUGUUGGGGGAAUGGGCGUCCUCCUACCACUUCUAGAACAAGUGGCAUCCAAAAGCGAAGAUUCAGAGGAGAAUCAAGAGACAACUGACCUAGUGGGACCAGAACUGACAUCUUCACAGAACAUCCAAGGAAUGCUCCUACCUCUGGGGAAGUCUUCAGAGAGCAAAUUGGAGAGGAAUAGUGUAGCUGCAUUUUUGCUACUGGUUAAGAAUUUAAUCCGAAACCAUGCCAUAAAUCAGGAGAAUUUCAUCCAGUGCAAUGGCCCAGCUGUCAUAGGUGCCCUGCUGCAAAAGGUUCCGAGCCACAGAGUGGACAUGAAUGUACUCAUGGCCUGUCAGUUCCUGAUGGAGCAGGCAGCUAGUGAAGGCAAUAAUCUCCUCCUCCACUGUAUGUACCAGUACCUGCUCUUUGACUUCCGCAUCUGGAGCCACAGCGACUUCGCCGUUCGAUUGGGGCAUAUACAGUACUUAUCUACAAUUGUUAAAGAUCACAAGCAACGCAUCAGAAAGAAGUAUGGUGUGCAGUACAUACUGGACUCCAUCCGGACUCAUUAUGGCCCACAGAAGGAUAAUCAGAUCACAGCUGAUGUUAAAACUGUUCAACUAUCACUCUUCAACCUGGUGAAGGAAUUCCUCAAAGUAGUUACAGCUGAGGAGUUGCACUGUAUCAUCUCUUACAUGGCAACAGUGAACGAUGAUGAUCAGCUUUGUGGUAUUCUGGACAUCUUGCUCAGUCUGUUGAAGGGAGGCCCUUCCAGAGACCAGCUCUUUACCUUGCUGUUUGACCCUGGCAAUGUGGAAGUGUUUUACUCAUUGAUCCUACAGAAGAGAUAUUCUGAUGAAGUGCGUGAGAAGAUCUUUAGGCUAACGUACAAGAUGUUGAAGUAUGACAAAGUUCACGAAAAAUGCAAGCUUCGACUGAAGCUGAAGGAUAUUGGCUAUCAAGGUCUGACCUCCUUCCUGAAUGAAUUUCCUGCCUCCAUGUCACUCAUUCGGUGCCUAUCCGAGCAGGUGCUGUGCUCAGAUCCUGUUCCAAAUUACAAGGACCUGAUUGCUGUAGUUUAUUUAUCUCACAAAGCAGAUCUAACUGUGCGGCUGGACGUCUGUCGAAAGCUGUUCCAUCUGAUUUACUCUCAGCAAGACAUUGUUCGUCAGUUGGCAAAACAGGCUGGAUGGCAGGACAAUUUUACCAAACUCUACGUAAAAGAAUCAUAUGAAUCUCGAGAGGCCAGUCUAUCAAGUUCAUUGACUAACUACUCCAUUGACUUACUUAGGAAUUCAGAUCAGAGCCAGGACUUCAUCCAAGAGCAAGGCAAAGAGUUGAUCAAUCGCAUGAAUAGCCAAUCAGACUUCCAGGACUCUGAGGUCUUUCUCCCUUUCAGUAUAGAUUUGAAUGAAGGCUUUUCGAAAGGACAGCCUGACCAUUCCAUGCUUGCUCUUUUCCCCUCCAGUGAGAUGCAGCCCUAUGAUUCUUUAGUGAAGUCUUUUGAUUCCUUGGACCACACGAGUAAUUCUUCAACCAAUACAAUAGACAUCCCAGGCUCAGGUGAAGCCAUCCCUUCUGAUACUUCUGAAGAUGCUUUCUACCAGCCUCUCUCGCCUUUCGCACACCCUUCCUUUGACUUGGGAACAGAAAUGGGAAGUACUAGUUCCUAUACCACGGUGGAGAGUGGAAAUUUAACUCCAGUCAGCACAUCAGAAACACCAUCUCCUCUUGAGAAUUUCAAACCCUUUCCAGGGAUUCGCACGUGGAAAAGCUCCAGUCUCUCCAAUGUUCUGGAUGACUCUAGCUACCAAGAGAAUCUCCCCAGUGAUGAUGCUUCUAAUACCAGCAACCCACAGCAAACACCAGAAGAGGAACUUUGCAACUUGCUAACAAAUAUCAUCUUCUCUGUAAUAUGGAGAGGGGUAGAGGGCUCUGAAGAUGCAGCAUGGAAGGAGCGAGGGCAGAUCUUUUCUGUCCUAACCAAGCUUGGGACAGCCUGUGAGCUGGUACGCCCACCUGAUGAAAUCAAAAGAAGCCUAUUGGAAAUGAUGUUGGAGUCUGCAUUCUCUGACAUUAAGGACUCUGCAAGCACUGCAUUAACAAGCCAUAUCCAAAACAUCCUAAAGCUGCUCCGACUGCUCCAGGAUUUUCUCUUCUCAGAAGGGCAAAACAAUCAAGUGCUAUGGAGUGAAAAGAUUCUUGAAGGUGUGAUUAACUUAUUGGAUAAGCUAGCUGUUUGGUAUCACUCGGACAAUGAGACAUCUGAUUUGAAGGAAAUGGCUCAGAUUGGCCUCAGAAUUAUCCUGGGCUAUAUUGUACAGGAAGAUGUUCAGGUGUGUGCAGUGGCCUGUGUGAAGCUUCACAGCCUCCUCCAGACCAUGCCAAUUCGGAAGGAGGAGGCCUGCUUUCUGCUGGGAAAGCUGGAUGUUCCCCUUACGAGAUCCAUCAGGUGUAAGACUGAGAUCUUCUCUUACCUGAUGCCCAUUGUCCGCACUCUGAUGGACCAGUGUUACCAGUUGCUUGAGCUUCAGUACCAACUGCCAUCUCUGCCACCCACCAAUGGCAGCCCGACUUUCUUUGAGGAUUUCCAGCAUUUCUGUGUCACCUCUGAAUGGAGACUCUUCUUGGAAAAACAGGUUCUGAAAGCCAUGACUCAAUACGAGCACGACACAUUUGACAGAAGUCACAAUCAGAUGUCCAGCUUCUGGAAUUCCUGCUAUGACUCUCUGAUGAGCAGCUCAUUGCGUCGAGAGCAUGAGCGUGGGGAGAGUCGUUCCAAGUUUGAGGAGUUGAUUCUGGAGCCAUACAUGAAGCGUGUGAGGUUUGAGAAUGCUCGAUACAGCAAUGUCCUCAAACAGAUCAACAGCCAUCACAACACGGUACUUCGACAGUGGCAAUCAUUAAGGCGCCUCUUUACCUGCCCACGUGGGGCCUGGGCUGAAUGCAAUCCUACUGAAAUUAAAUGGAAACUAUCAAGUGUGGAGACCUACUCAAGGAUGAGGCUGAAAUUGGUUCCAAACUACAACUUCAGCACGCAUGAGGAAGCCAGUGCCUUGCGGGACAACCUUGGUACUGAUCACAUAAGAAACCCACCAGACUCUUUACCACUCGCAGUGGCAAAGGAAGCAAAAGUGAAUGAGUUGGAAGAUGAUCAGCUUGGAGAUGAAGAUCUUGUUUUCCUUAACAGCCAAGUUGAAUCUGAGGAGCCUAGUCAGAAGGAGAAAUUGGUGAUCUCUGAGGAGUGCGAGUUGAUCACAAUUGUUGCAGUGGUCCCUGGGCGCCUGGAAAUCACCACACAGCAUAUCUAUUUCUAUGAUGGCAGCAUUGAAAAAGAAGAGACAGAGGAAGGAAUUGGCUAUGAUUUCAAACGUCCCCUGUCUCACCUUGGGGAGAUGCAUCUCAGACGCUAUAACUUGAGGAGAUCUGCUUUGGAGUUCUUCUUUAUUGAUCAAUCAAACUACUUUAUCAACUUCAAAAAGAAGGUCAGAAAUAAAGUGUAUUCACGUAUUGUGAGUACACAUCCCUCCAAUCUCAACUUCAACAGCCGCUCCCCCCAGGAACUGCUGAAAGCAUCUGGAUUAACUCAGAAAUGGGUUCAGAGAAAGAUCUCCAAUUUUGAAUAUUUGAUGCAACUCAACACCAUUGCAGGGAGAACCUACAACGAUUUGUCUCAGUAUCCUGUGUUCCCGUGGAUCAUUUGUGACUACACAUCUGAGGAACUGGAUCUGAACAACCCAAGUGUUUUUCGGGAUCUCUCUCGGCCCAUUGGUGUGGUAAAUGAUAAACAUGCAAAGGACGUGAAGGAGAAAUAUGAGAGUUUUGAAGAUCCAACAGGAGACAUCGAUAAAUUUCACUACGGUACACACUACUCUAAUGCAGCUGGAGUCAUGCAUUACAUGAUCCGGGUCGAGCCUUUCACUACCCUGCAUAUCCAACUGCAGAGUGGCAGGUUCGACUGUGCAGAUCGUCAAUUUCACUCAAUCCCAGCAGCCUGGCAGGUCCGAAUAGACAAUCCUGUAGAUGUGAAGGAGCUGACCCCAGAAUUUUUCUACUUCCCAGAAUUUCUGGAGAACCAAAACAGGUUUGAUCUCGGUUGCCUGCAGAUGACCGGCGAAAACGUAGCUGAUGUUGUCCUUCCGAAGUGGGCAAAAUCCCCUGAAGAUUUCGUUUACAAGCACAGAAAAGCACUGGAGUCAGAACAUGUCUCUGCAAACCUCCAUAAUUGGAUCGACCUGAUUUUUGGCUACAAGCAAAGGGGCCCUGCAGCUGUUGAAGCAUUGAAUGUCUUUUAUUACUGCACAUAUGAGGGUGCAGUAGAUUUGGAUGCAAUUGCUGAUGAGACCGGAAGGAAAGCUUUAGAAGGAAUCAUCAGUAAUUUUGGACAAACUCCAUGCCAACUUCUGAAGGAGCCACAUCCUCCACGUCUUAAUGCAGAGAAUGCUGCCAGGCGCUUAGCACGAUUCGAUUCCACACCAGACGUCUUUGAGCACUUGGGUCAACUCAAGUCCUUCUUUGUUGAGGGCAUCAGUGAUGAUAUUCCACUAGUGCAGGCCUUGGUGCCAAAAAACCAAGCAUACUCUUAUUUAACUCCAUAUGUACUGGUCACAGUGAGUGCGAAUGGGUUGAUAGGAACUCACGGCUGGCUGCCAUAUGACAAAAACAUUUCCAACUACUUCACAUUCACACGAGAUCAAAAUAUCUCCAAUGCUAAGACUCAUCGUUUCUUGUCAGGUCCAUUUGCUCCUGGAGUCAAUUUAUCACCAAAGAUCCUGGCUGUUUCCCCUGAUGGUAAACUUCUCUUCAGUGGCGGUCACUGGGAUAACAGUCUUCGGGUUACAUCACUGAGCAAGGGCAAAGUGACGGGACACAUCAUACGGCACAUAGAUAUUGUGACAUGCCUGGCACUGGAUCAUUGUGGUAUCUAUCUCAUCUCCGGAUCCAGAGACACCACAUGCAUAGUGUGGCAGGUCAUCCAACAAGGUGGAUUUGCUUGUGGUCUGUCUCAGAAACCAGUGCAGGUCCUCUAUGGACAUGAUGACACAGUCACGUGUGUGGCCAUCAGUACUGAGCUUGACAUGGCGGUAUCAGGGUCUAAGGAUGGCACUGUCAUUGUGCAUACAGUUCGACGAGGUCAAUUCAUGCGGACCCUACGAAUGCCCUGUGAAAGCACGCUGCCCAUGACCAUUGAUGACCUUGUCAUUGGAUGUGAGGGUCAGAUUGUUAUUCACAGCAGUAUAGAAAGCAGAGCAUCAUCAAAGGAUAAGAUGUUCUUACAUCUAUAUUCCGUGAAUGGCAAACACCUGGCCUCUGUGCCCAUGGAUGAGCAGGUGUCUGCAAUGUGUAUCGUUGAGGAGUUUGUGGUACUGGGUACCGAGCAGUGCUCGCUGCAGAUCCGGGACCUGCAGAGUUUGAAGAAUGCAAUGGAGCAAAUGGUCAUGAAGGUUCCCAUUCACUGUGUCUCCGUUACCAAAGAUAACAGCCAUAUUCUAGUUGGAUUGAAUGAUGGAAAACUAAUUGUAGUAGCUUCGGGAAAACCCUCUGAGAUGCGGUCAAGUCAGUUCGCUAGGCGGCUGUGGAGUUCCACCAGGCGUAUUUCCCAAGUGUCAUCUGGAGAAACUGAGUACAACAAGACUGACGCAAGCACAAAGUAGAACUCCUCUACAAUUAGCCACAUUCUACCAAGAAUCCAUCACUGUUACAAUCUUCAAAAACAAACAUUACAAUUUAUUUAACUUUUUUUUAAAAGAUGAAAACUCAGCGAGACUAGCAGGCUGGAGAAGCAGAGGGCUGUGCUUCUUCAUCCAGGUAUGAUGAGCUGCUUUCACCAACCAAAGCGCCUGUUCAGAUCCAAAGGAUUUAAAACAUUGAAUGUUUACAAUGAAUGUGGGAGAAUGAUUCGAUGCCUUAAUACUGCAAGGACUUUUUAAAUUUUUUUUUAGACAUUUGUUGAUUUUUGACAACAUUUUUCUUUCUGCACAGUGUGAACUUCCGGGUACAUGUAGAAUGUUGUAGUUAUUAUGAGGGUAUGAAGAUGUUAAUAACUGAGUUUUGGAGGAGAUUUUUUGCAGGGCUGGGAUAAUUUUUAUCAUUGCUCUGAAUCUUCAUCUUUUCAAUCUUUGUGUCACUGUUACAAAUUGGGUAAGUUAAAGAUAUAAGACAUAUUGGUAACGUUUAAAAUAUAUGUACAAGAUUGUUAUCCGCUAAAACUUGAUGCCAUAGUAACAGCUGAUAUACAAUUCAUCUGCUAAUAGUUAGUCUUUCAUAUCCAUUUCCAUACCUUAUAUUUCCCAUAAAUUCAUUUACAGCACAGAGAAGGGAUGUUUGGCCCAUUUGAGUCAGUGUCAGCAGUUCAGUCAGUUCCAUUACCUUGCCCUAUCCCCAUAACUCACCUAUUCCAAUUGCACUUCGACUUUCCUUUUGGAAUAAUUGAUCAUCACUACUUGUACCACCCUUAUGGGCAGCUAGUUUCAGAUCAUUAGCAUUGAUUGUGUAAUAAAAGCUCCUCUUCUUAUUUCCCCUAGGUCUCUUGUAAAAACCUUAAAUCUAUAUUCCCUCUUCUUUGUACCCAUUAGCUGAUGGCUCGUUUUUCUUGUCUACCUUAUCCAAACUUGAAUUAAUUCUGUGCACCUCUAUCAAAUUUCUCCUCAAUCUCCAUCGCUUCAAGGAGAACAAUUCCAGCAACCUUGUACCAAAAUCUCUUGUACCUAAAAUUUACUGUAUCUGUUGGGCUGAGUUAAUUGUGAUACUGUUAGAUCAAAGUCUUUGAAAUCAGGAACAUAUUAAGAUACCCCUCUCCAAUUUAUACAAUUGUGUGUUGAAGUUUUUUGCUGGAAAAGGAACCAGUGAAAUGAUGAUGCAAUUAUUACCAACUUAGUCUUCUCAUAACAAUAAGAUUUUUAAGAUCCUACCCUUCAGGUAGGAGCAUCAUUCCUUGGGAUCACAUGACAGGAGGUUGAAUCUGUCAUUUUCAUUAGUUUGAAAUUGCUUACUGAGCACUUGUAAUCUACCAUUGUGUUCCAUUCACACCUGAAAAUGUAGAGUUAUCACCAUUAUCCUCUCAGUUAAUUCUUCAUGAAUCACUAUGUCAAGUAAUAAGGCCCAGACAAUUUAACAGGGUAUUAAAAGAGAAUUAGAUAAAUACUUGAACAGAAGAUAUUUAUGAGCAGUAAUUGGAUUGCUGUAUCAAACAGCUGAUAUAUUGGCAUAAAAUGGGCUAAAUGGCCAAUCUAUUGAUGGACAUGGCUGUAACAAUGCCUUUCCCAACCUUGUCUCAAGGAGGCAUGUCUUUUGUUCUAUCUGAUCUCCAACUUCUCUCUGUGAUAUCUUUUCCGAUAUUAUUCCUAGUUUUAAGCAUGACAAUUCCUGUCCUUAAAUCCUGCUAAGUUGCAAUGCAUCUUUUUCUCCCUUUCAUUCAAAAUCAAAAUGCAUGACACUGACUCCUACGUUUAACCUAAUUUACUUGCCUCCAAGACUUUUGAACCAUGGACGUCUUGAUUUGCCAUUCUUCCUGAAAUCUGCAUACUUUUGAACCCCAGCUUGCAAUUACUGAAUUGAUGUUUUUUGAUUUACUUGUCUUCCCUUCUACUAUUCUCAAUUUUACAGAUAGUUUUAAUAAUAGAAUAUUAAGUUGAAUCGGAAUGUAACAUUUUGUUUUAGUUCUCUUGAGCAAUAGUUGAAGAUGGGAGAUUCAGGCAGGAUUUCCUCUCCUGAUCACUAUAGAGCCAGUUGAAGUUGAGAUUGAGGCCACUUGACAGGUUAAACAAUGUCCUGAUGCACACUGUCUGGCACAGAUGUAAUAAAUGGACAUUUGGGUGAAAUUAUA